UGCAAACAGGAAGUAUACUAAAGUGUAAAUUCUAUAAUUGGUCCUUUAUAACAGGGGGGUUUCCCUAAUUAGUCCUCUAUUAUCAAAUAUUAUCCAAGUGGUCCUUCUUUUAUGGGUUUAAGAGUAGACGGGGAACCCGUAGUUUUUCCUGAAAUGGUUAAUCCGAAUACAUAUGUUGAUCUUUUUCGUGAAGUAAUUGGAUUCGAGGUAAUGCGCGAACAUUUUGGACAAGCCGGAUUUAAUUUAGCUGCAUUGGAGAAUAACAUUGACAAUGAACAUGAGCGACAAGUUCUACCCGGUAACACUGACAGGGAGGCGGAGAGAUACACAGCUAGUGUGAUAUUACAACUCUUAGGUGGUACUUUGUUCCCAAAUUCUACAGUGAGGCCCGAAGUGCGUGUGCUUAACAAUGAUCGACAUGGCCCACUUCGAGAGGAUGAGCCACAUGGUGCUCGGUGGCGUAUUCGGAGGUUGUUUAAUGGCACUUCUCGAUUUUCUGUUCGUAACUACCGAGACCAGUUUGAUGGUUCACUUCUUCGACACGUAAUUGCUCCGUUGAUAGAUAGCGUAGCAGUAAGCUUCUCCUCAAGCGUAUCAGAUAAGCUUCUCACAUCCGUAUAUCCCAUAUGGACAUCUCCGUCGAUUCUCAUUCUUCUAUCUAUCACAGCAACUUUCAGAUUCAUAGCACACGAAGAACUAGACCUAGCAGCUUGGUCCAGGGACAAUGAGGCAAAUUCCCACUCAGGGGAGGGCUGCGUGAAACAGCCUCAAGCUAGGGUUAUAACCCCAACUAUGGAUUCUGACGAGAAAGACGGUUGGCCUAGCAAGACCACCGGCUGCAGUUGAAGAAAAAGAAUAGGUUUGGAUGAGCAAUGCUCACCAUGUGUUCGACGAAAUGACUCAAAAACAUGUAGAGUCCAGGUAACAUUUUAUUUCUUCCUACUUGGUUUAGUACUGGUCAUACUGUGUUAUUUCAGACUUGAAAUGCCAAAAUUUGUGGUUAUUGCAAAUAGAUGAAGUGAGGUGAAAAAAAGUGAUAAACUUAGCAGGUAUAAUAUACUAACCUGCUAGGGCUAUACUCACCCCGGCAAAACUCGCUUUUGGAUGAUGGUAUGUAGAGCUAUUAAGUUCAAAUUUUUUCCCUCUAAAAUUGUACUCCAUAAAUGUCAGUUUUCUUCUCAUGUUUGAAUGGUAAUUUUUCUUCUCUAUUUCAUUUUCUUCUUAAUUCAUUUCUUAUAAAUGAACCAGUAGAACAAUGAAUGAUUUUGAAUUCAAUUUCCUUAUUUCCAUUUUUUCAAUUUUACAUGUUGGAAACACUUCUUGGAUUUUUAGCACAUAAUAUCAAAAUGAAGGAGGCAUACAAAAUGUUUGACAUAGUGCCCCAUGAACUUGUCCCAAGGCCAAAGCAAAGAAACUAUCGGGGCCUAAUGGGAUAGGAGUGGCAACAACCAUUGCACUAAAUUACAAUAGUUAAGAACCAUUACACCAAGUAGAAUGAGGGAUAUGGGGGAAACUGCCAGGUUCCAAAAAUUCAAAGGAUUUGGGGAAUUUGUUAGACUAUGAAUAGAACUACCCAAUUAUGUUAGUUUAGUUGUUGUUGGGUUUUAAUCAUUGGUUAUUAUAAAUCGGAUUAUUCAAUUUACUUUUUACGGAGUAUUACUCUAUUAAUAUAGGUUAAGCUUUGAU